AUGCCAGCCCCAGCUGCUACACAGGAAAGAAUAGUUUACAAAAAUUCAUCUGAGCGCUACAUGAAAGACUGUCUAGAAUUUCAAGAUUGUGGAAUUGGACGGAAUGCUGCGGAAUUCAAACUGCUGCUUAUUUCAGCCCUGAGGGACCUGUCUGGAGAGGCUGAUGCUGCCUUACCCCUGAACAUCCUAACCUGUAAAGAAAAGACUUUGUGAGCCAUCUUGAGAAUCAGCAGUGGUCUUGUCACAUUGCAGAGCUCUGUGAUCCUGCUACGGUCCUGUACAGGCAAGAAAUGUGCUUUCAGAGGGACUCAUGUUUUUCCAUUUCUCCUCGCAUUAUCUGCUAGCAAUCGUAAGGAACUCAUAUUGGAUUGA